ACCGCAGGCCCGCGUCCAACAUGGCGGCCUCCACGGGUCGCUGGCAUCUCUUCCUACUUGCAUUGCUCGGCUUCCUGGGGGAGGCUUUCGGCGGCCUCGGCUCGAGGGCCUCCAGAGAGGACGACUUGCUGCUGCCCUAUACCCGCGCACGCGCGCGCAUCCCCCGGGACUGCACGCGGGUGCGCACCGGCAGUCGCGAGCACGAGAGCUGGCCUUCAGCCCCUGCGAUCCCAGGCGCUGGCGGCCCUACAGUGCGCACCUUCGUCUCGCACUUUGGGGACCGCGCGGUGACGGGCCACUUGACGCGAGUCGUUGCGCCCCUGAGCACCUUCUCGGUGCUGGAGCCUGGUGGGACUGGCGGCUGUGCGAUAAAACGCCGAACCACUGUGGAGGAGACCGCGCGGGCGGCCGACUGCCGCGUCGCUCAGAACGGCGGCUUCUUCCGCAUGAGCACCGGAGAGUGCCUGGGGAACGUGGUGAGCGACAAGCGACGGGUGAGCAGCUCCGGGGGGCUGCAGAACGCGCAGUUCGGGAUCCGCCGCGACGGGACUCUGGUCACCGGGUACCUGUCUGAGGAGGAAGUGCUGGACACUGAGAAUCCUUUUGUGCAGCUGGUGAGUGGGGUCGUGUGGCUGAUUCGCAAUGGAAGCAUCUACAUCAAUGAGAGCCAGGCCACAGAGUGUGACGAGACACAGGAGACAGGUUCCUUUAGCAAGUUUGUGAAUGUGAUAUCAGCCAGGACAGCCUUGGGUCAUGACCGGAAGGGGCAGCUGAUACUUUUCCAUGCAGAUGGCCAGACAGAGCAGCGCGGCAUUAACCUAUGGGAGAUGGCUGAGUUCCUGCUGAAACAGGGCGUGGUCAAUGCCAUCAACCUGGAUGGAGGCGGCUCUGCCACCUUUGUGCUCAAUGGGACCUUGGCCAGUUACCCGUCGGAUCAUUGUCAGGACAACAUGUGGCGCUGUCCACGCAGCGUGUCCACUGUGGUGUGUGUGCACGAGCCCCGCUGUCAGCCACCUGAUUGCCAUGGCCAUGGGACCUGCAUAGCAGGGCACUGCCAGUGUACAGGGGGCUUCUGGCAGGGAACUGGCUGUGGUGAGCUGGACUGUGGCCCCUCCAACUGCAGUGGACACGGGCUGUGUACAGAGACCGGCUGCCACUGCAAAGCUGGAUGGAUGGGGACCAACUGCAGUGAAGAGUGUCCCCUUGGCUGGCAUGGGCCAAGCUGCCAGAGGCCUUGUGAGUGUGAUCACCAGUGUCCCUGUGACCCCCAGACUGGCAACUGCAGCAUCUCCCCAGUGAAGCAGUGUCUCCAGCCGUCUGAAACCACCAUGAGUGCAGGAGAGCUCUCCUUUUUCACUGGGACCGCCUGGUUGGCCCUCACCCUGGCCCUGGUGUUCCUCCUGCUUGUCAGCACAGUGGCCAAUGUGGCCUUGUUCCUGGGCUCCCGAGCAGAGAGGCGGCGACGCCUGGAUGGGGACUACGUGUACCACCCACUGCAGGAGAUGAAUGGGGAGCUCCUGGCCACAGAGAAGGAGCAGCCUGGGGGUUCCUGCAACCCCUUCAAGGACUGAAACCUCAGGCUGCCCAGGAAAGCCCAUCCUUCUCCUUUCCACAUGGUCCAGCUUCUGCAGAGGAAAUCCUGAGGCUGCUGGUGUGGACCGUCAGGGUAACCUCAGCCCGGUGCUGCAUCUCAGCUUCUAAUAGCGCCUGUGCCUCAGCCCUUACCUGGCCCUGCUGCUCCAGUGGUGCGGUGCUCCCUGGAGACUCUGCCUCCCUCCCGCCUGUGUCUGCUGCCCGUGGCCUGGGCCCUGCCGAGGGCCUGCUCAGCUGCCAGAAAGUCUCCUGAGGAAGGGCCUGCUAGUGAACCAAACUCAGUGGCUGAAUCAUGAGAAAGUAACAGAGCCUAGCAGGCCCUCCUGGAUGGGGUGGGUUAAAGGGACGAGUCUCUGCCUUCCCGGCUACAUCCCAGGACCCUUUUUCAACAGAGCUCAUCACUGAAUUUGCCAACUAGAAUCCUGUUUCUUGCCAUAGGAAGCUUCUUAGAAGAAGGGAUGGGGUGGAGGGGGAUGAAAUCAUGUUUACAAACCUAUUUUGUUGUCCUGCUGCUGAGAGUUUUCUAUCACUUGAAUAAAUUGAUAUAAGAAAAGGA